UAUUCUGGUGUUAAUAUGACUUUAAGGCACAGCUAUUGUGUUAUGCAAAAUGUAUUUAGAACGCCAAGUUGCAUGACCAAGGGAAGUUGCUAGCUAAUGUUGGCUAGUUAGGACUACUGUGUAACUAGCAGAACAAGUUGUGUGCUAGCUCAGCAGUGUGUAAUGACUACUAAACGCCUUGAAAGUCUGACAUGUCACCUUCCUUUCCUUACUGAUGUGUACAGGCUGUGUUGUUAGGCAUGUGCAGACUUUAGUCAGAGUUUAGGAUGUUCAGACUCAGAUUACAGUUUGUAGACUUGUCAUACAAACAUAAUAUGAAGUUAUGUAAGUUAUCUGGCACGAAGACUUGAGCCAGUCACCGGGAAGGGGAACGGGAUCAGAGGGUACAGCACAUACGAGAUUGGAUGGUGUCCACUGAUCAUGACCACGGACCAGGAGCCGCCUGUCAGUGCAAAACUUUUUCACCUUAUCUUCCUCUCCACCUUUUGGGGCAUGCAGAUAUGGGUCACCUUCAUCUCUGGGUUUGUUAUGGACAGCCAUCUAAACAGACACACCUACGGCUUUAUUCAGAGUCGACUCUUCCCUUUCUAUCUGCACAUCGGCUCGGCCUGUGCGUUCUUCAACCUCACUAUUUUUGCCAUGUACCAUCCCAGUGACCUGCUGGAUGAUAAAGAGGCCUUUCAGAUCUUUGUUUUCUUUGUGUGUGUGACUGUGGCAGCCGUGAAUGCCCAGUGGUUUGGCCAGUUAACCUCCGAAAUCAUGGCGGACAUGCACGUGAUUGAGCAGGCUUGUGGGCUGGGCCAGGACAUUGGGCUCUCAUCCAACCGCGAAGCCUACUCCAAACUGUGCGACAAAGACCCCAAGUACAAGCAGCUGAGCAACCGUCUGUGGCUUUACCACCUCCUCUCAUCUUUCUGUAACAUCUGCUGUAUUGUGUGCAAUGGGUACAGCCUUUAUUACCUGGCAGAGAACCUUAAUACGCUUUGAUUUUCAGUCAGAUCAUUUUUGGGAUUAUAUACCCCACAAUGCAGUGUGUGCCACAUUCACACACUUAAUAUGUCUAUAUGCUGUCUAACAACUGAUAAUGAAGUCUUUAGAAUUUCUUGCUCUUUCUUUACCUCUUUGUACUAUUUGUCGUGGUAUCGUAGUAUCUAGUGUAAUAAUUAUUAGAGCACUUGCACAUAUUUUAUGCAUAAGAUUUAUGGUGACAGUUUGGACAUAGGGGUAGCCAAUAUGGCAAAAUUCGUUAACUCACGAUUAAUGCUGGAUAUCAUAAUAUUCUGGUUUAGAUAUCAACAAAAAUGUACUGCCACCACAGAGCUACAUCUAUGAUUUCAAUAAGUAGUAUCCACAAAAAUAUAUUAUUUAACACAGAAACAUAAAAGAAUAAAUGAAACCUUUUUAAAGAUCAAAUCAGCUACUUGUUAUUGUGAUUAUUAAUUAAGGAGGUCAGGGUUGGACAAUUCACUAGCCUAGUACCUGGUGGAUUGGGACAAGAAUAUCAUAUGUACAGUCUUAGUUUUUUUUUUGUUUUGUUUUUUUUACUCCACAGAAAAGGCAGGCAACCUUUACAUUGGACUGGGAAAGCACAACAACUUCUACUUGCCUGAUGGGCUAGCUACUAAAUUUAUCAUUUGUCCACCCCUGAAAGUACUGACAAUAUUCACAAUAUCUCAGAAAAUUAUAUUGUGAUGUAAUUUAUAAAGAUAUAUUGCAUUGUCAUAUCCCCAAUUCCUAUUUGGGAGGCAUACACUGCAAAAAAAAAAAAAAAUGACAUCUUAGAUCUAGCAUUUCCUAUCAGAAUAUUACAAGAAACCAAAUAUAAGAUUAUUAAACCUAUUUCUAGACUUUUUUUUUUUUUUUUUUUUUUUUUACUAAUUUCAAGCUUGAAAUAGUCUUGCUCUAUUGGCAGAUAAUUUUUCUAAAUUCAAGCAUUUAUUUCUAGAAAGAAGCAAAAUUAUCCUCCAAUAGAAUAAGUACAUUUAACACUUCAAAAUAGUAAUAAAAAAAAAAAAUCCAGAAAUAGGCUUAAUAAAUUUAUAUUUGGUUUACUGUAAUCUUAUGAUAGGAAAUAGUAGAUACAUUUGACUAUAUUCAAGAUAUUUUCACUUGCUAAGAUGUCAUUUUUUUGCAGUGUAUUUAGGAAUUUCAUGAUCAUUUUGACACUUCAUCGUUCAUUUUGAUGAUAAAUGUAGUCCAACCUAAUGAAAAAGGAGAAUGCAGGGCAUUACAAUCUCCUAUGGGCUGACAGCAAUAAUUUGUAAUAAUCUUGUUUUUGUAUGUUCUAUUGGUGGCAGCAUAUAGUUGCUAGUUUUAUGUGACCUUAUACAUUGUACUGCUAUACAUUCUGUGUUAUUUUACAUCAUAACAGUGAUUUUACCCUGGAGCUGGUAUCCCAGGGUUGCAGACAGUACUAACUUGCCUGUAGUGUGAUGCUGAAUUUACGAUCUCUUUUCUCACAUUGAAAAAUUGCAGCCUGUCUCCUGAAAUGGACAAAUUGAAAUGCUUUGCCUUUCCCAUCUCUGCCUCUUUCUCAAUCUUGUCAUACAGGUUGUGCAGGCCACACUACUUCACAACUAUUAGCUGCUCUGUACACACAUGAAGCAGCAGUGCCACUGUACAAUUCAACACAGCUAUGGCAUUGGCUAUGUAUUUUGUGGUCCAGUUGGAUAGCUUUAUCAAAGCUUUAUUCUGUUGUACAUUUUGGGGUCAGUUUGUUUCAAAAAUGCAAAUGGAGAGGUCUGGAUUGAAUUUCGUGCCAUGUGGUCGUGCACAUGCAAUAUUAAACAGUUACAUGCUCCAUAUGGAAUGUAGCAUAGGCUGAAAAUCUUGUUUGUCCAACUUCUUUCUCUCUCUGUCUCCCUCUAGUAAUUUUAUCUAGUAUUUGUGUCAGGGCAGUGUCAAUGCAGCUGUGCCUCACCUAGCCUUUAAGAGGUAUUUAGACUAGAUUGUGCAAUUAAAAAAGUACUACAGUAAUUAUGCUGGUGAUGCUUUAAAUCUAUCCCUGCAGCUAAGGGGUUUCUGAUUAAUAAAUGCAAAUGAGCCAGCACCAAAUUUAAAAUCUUUUUUUUUUGUUAAUUGAUGCUAUAUUUCAUGCAAUAUCUGUGGAUAGAAAGGAUUCACUUACAGUGAUGAAACCCAGAAUUCAUUCUUAUCUGUCCUUAUGAGUUGUGUUCAGUAGAGGGGGUCAUAAUACUGGCAUGUGUUUGCAGUGGUGCUGGUGUAUGAUUAAUGGUGCUGGAUUAUUAUGAAAUGUUAAAAGGUGAAUGAUGAUUCCUUUUUUAUUUAUUUAAAAAAGGUCAAUAUACUCGUCAGGUAUUUAUGAAUUAUACUGUAUUAUUGACAUGUUACUUUGUUACAUUUUUUAAAUAAAAGGCUAAACAAUUAA